GGCUGCCAGCACACUUCCAGCCCAGCCGGCCACAUCUGGCGUCUGCCCGCCCUUGUUUCCGCUGCAUCCAGACUUCCCCCGGCGUGGCUAGAGGCUGUGUGUGCAUCCAAGGCUUUAAAUAUACAAAGGGAUUGCCAGGACCAGCAAGCACCCUCAGUAGCGGGGCGGGGCGGGACGGGUUGGGACGCGGAACCCCGUUAUGAGCCCCUGCGCCCUGCGAAGCCGAGGCAAUUGAGCAAGGGGAUCUCAGAACGCCGUGCGGAGCAGGCGCCAGUCGGGCGGACCCCAGCACACAGCCAGCGACUUCAGGGUGACACGCAGAGCCCGGGAGCGCAACGAUGGAGGCACAAGUGGCCUGGGGAGCGCUUGCCGGCCCUCUGCGGGUUCUCUGCGUCCUGGGCUGCCUGCUGAGCCGCGCCACCGCCGCGCCAUCGCCCAUCAUCAAGUUCCCCGGCGAUGUGGCCCCCAAAACAGACAAAGAGUUGGCAGUGCAAUACCUGAAUACUUUCUAUGGCUGCCCCAAGGACAGUUGCAACCUCUUUGUGCUGAAGGACACCCUCAAGAAGAUGCAGAAGUUCUUUGGGCUGCCCCAGACAGGUGACCUUGACCAGAACACCAUCGAGACCAUGCGGAAGCCACGCUGUGGCAACCCGGAUGUGGCCAACUACAACUUCUUUCCCAGAAAGCCCAAGUGGGACAAGAACCAGAUCACAUACAGGAUCCUUGGUUACACACCUGACCUGGACCCUGAGACAGUGGAUGAUGCCUUUGCUCGGGCCUUACAAGUAUGGAGUGAUGUGACUCCACUACGCUUUUCUCGAAUCCAUGAUGGGGAAGCUGACAUCAUGAUCAACUUUGGCCGCUGGGAGCACGGAGAUGGAUACCCAUUUGAUGGCAAGGAUGGACUCCUGGCACAUGCCUUCGCCCCGGGCACUGGUGUUGGGGGAGACUCCCACUUUGAUGAUGAUGAGCUGUGGACCCUGGGGGAAGGGCAAGUGGUCCGGGUAAAGUAUGGGAAUGCUGACGGCGAGUACUGCAAGUUCCCCUUCCUGUUUAAUGGCCGGGAAUACAACAGCUGCACAGACACUGGCCGCACCGAUGGCUUCCUCUGGUGCUCCACCACCUACGACUUCGAGAAGGAUGGCAAGUACGGCUUCUGUCCCCAUGAAGCCUUGUUCACCAUGGGUGGCAAUGCAGAUGGACAGCCCUGCAAGUUCCCAUUCCGCUUCCAAGGCACUUCCUACAACAGCUGUACCACCGAGGGCCGCACAGACGGCUACCGCUGGUGUGGUACCACUGAGGACUAUGACCGAGAUAAGAAGUAUGGAUUCUGCCCAGAGACCGCUAUGUCCACUGUGGGUGGAAAUUCAGAAGGUGCCCCGUGUGUCUUCCCCUUCACCUUCCUGGGCAACAAAUAUGAGAGCUGCACCAGCGCCGGUCGCAGUGACGGGAAGAUAUGGUGUGCGACCACCGCUAACUAUGAUGAUGACCGGAAGUGGGGCUUCUGUCCUGACCAAGGAUAUAGCCUAUUCCUUGUGGCAGCCCAUGAGUUUGGCCAUGCGAUGGCUGAGCAUUCACAGGACCCUGGUGCUCUGAUGGCUCCUAUCUACACCUACACCAAGAACUUCCGCUUAUCCCAUGAUGACAUCAAGGGGAUCCAGGAGCUCUACGGGCCCUCCCCUGAUGCUGAUACUGACACUGGUACUGGCCCCACUCCUACCCUGGGACCUGUCACUCCCGAGAUCUGCAAACAGGACAUCAUUUUUGAUGGCAUUGCCCAGAUUCGUGGUGAGAUCUUCUUCUUCAAGGACCGGUUUAUUUGGCGGACAGUGACACCACGUGACAAGCCCACAGGACCCUUGCUGGUGGCCACAUUCUGGCCUGAGCUCCCAGAGAAGAUCGAUGCUGUAUAUGAGGCCCCGCAGGAAGAGAAAGCUGUGUUCUUCGCAGGGAAUGAGUACUGGGUCUAUUCUGCCAGCACCCUGGAGCGAGGGUACCCCAAGCCACUCACCAGCCUGGGGUUGCCCCCUGAUGUCCAGCGAGUAGAUGCUGCCUUUAACUGGAGUAAGAACAAGAAGACGUAUAUCUUCGCUGGAGACAAGUUCUGGAGAUACAAUGAGGUGAAGAAGAAAAUGGAUCCUGGCUUCCCUAAGCUCAUCGCAGAUUCCUGGAAUGCCAUCCCUGAUAACCUGGAUGCGGUUGUGGACCUGCAGGGCGGUGGUCACAGCUACUUCUUCAAAGGUGCAUAUUACCUGAAGCUGGAGAACCAAAGUCUGAAGAGUGUGAAAUUCGGAAGCAUCAAAUCGGACUGGCUGGGCUGCUGAGCGGGCCCUGUUCCCACAGGCCCUGCGGUCAUCAGUGCACACAGGCUCAGAAUACUGGGGAAGGAUGUGGAGGGGUCUGGCUGCCCUGCCUUCAGCUCUGUCGUUACGCAGCCUUCUCCCUCACCUGGUGAUUGAAGAUCAAUGAAAGCGGCCUCUUUCUGUGCCCAAAGAACGGUGCUGAUUGUACCCCUCCCAGGUGCUCCUCCCCGCUCCUCCCGCCCUAGGGGACACUUGGAUAUUCUCAAUGCAGUCUUCCUUUGGGCUGCCCUGGUGCUCCACACUUGAGGUUCUCCUCAUCUAUGAUCUGCUGUGGCUCACAGCACCUUCAGUGUCAACAGAAACUAUCUUAGGAGGGCACUGGUGGCCCAACAGCCUGGCACAGGGCGGUGGGAUACAGGUGUGUCCAGGCGGAAGCUGGAGACACCUGCUUUCUCACUUGCAGCCAUCCUGUGCCUGCACUACAUUAGCAGUUCAGUUUGUACGUACUUCAUUCAUUUCUUUCAACCUUUCCAGUUUUUCACUAUGCCGUAUUUCCUGACAGAAGGACUCAGGUUGUCUGACAUCACUGCAUGGUGCAUCUUGGCCCACAUAGCAACGGCUUCCUUGUGUGGUCUAGAACAUCCUCAGUCACUUCCUCCACUGGAUGGAGGAGAGCCAAGCCAGUGGCUUCCUGCACAGCCUUCUCGCUUCUUCCUUUAACAGUUCCCCAUGGGAAAUGGCAAGCAAUUAUAAAUAAAGACACCAAUUGAGUGGCAGAAUUGAA